AUGAUGAAUACUGCGGGAAGCAGCAAUAUGAUGACUUCGUCAUCGGCAACCGGAACCGGGAAUAGCUCCCAAGCGCCGGGGUUGAAGACGUAUUUCAAGACUCCAGAAGGCAGAUAUAAGCUUCAAUACGAGAAGACUCAUCCUGCUGGCCUUCUCCAUUAUGCCCAUGGCAAGACUGUUACUCAGGUAACUUUAGCUCAUCUCAAGGAUAAGCCCACCCAAGCAACAUCACAAACUUCAUCAAGUCUCGGGGUUAGCAGUGGUGUUAGAUCAGCAGCAGCACGGCUCUUGGGUGGUGGAAACGGAAGUAGGGCGCUUAGUUUUGUUGGAGGAAAUGGAGGAAGUAAGAUGGUGAGUGGUAAUAGCAGCAGCACUAGUAGUAGAAUUGGAGCAAUUGGACCUUCAAGUUCGAGUAGUGUAUUAUCUAAUUCAAAUUUUGACGGCAAAGGCACUUACUUGGUAUUUAAUGUUGGUGAUGCCAUCUUCAUAAGUGACUUAAAUUCUCCGGAUAAGGAUCCCAUAAAGUCGAUUCAUUUCAGUAAUUCAAAUCCUGCAUGCCAUGCAUUUGAUCCAGAUGCAAAGGAUGGUCAUGAUUUACUGAUAGGCCUGAAUUCUGGGGAUGUGUAUUCGGUGUCUCUUCGACAACAGCUACAAGAUGUUGGGAAGAAGCUUGUGGGUGCACAGCAUUAUAAUAAAGAUGGAGCUGUCAACAAUACUCGAUGUGCAAGCAUCGCUUGGGUUCCAAAUGGUGAUGGCACAUUUGUUGUUGCUCAUGCCGAUGGAAGUUUGUAUGUAUACGAAAAGAGCAAAGAUGGUUCUGGGGAUCCAUCAUUCCCUAUUAUUAAAGAUCAAACCCAGUUUUCAGUAGCGCAUGCACGUUACAGUAAGAAUCCCAUUGCCAGAUGGCAUAUUUGUCAAGGUGCAGUUAAUAGCAUUGCCUUUUCUGCUGAUGGAGCAUACAUUGCAACCGUUGGGAGGGAUGGCUAUUUACGAGUAUUUGACUACAAAAACGAGCAACUUAUAUGUGGUGGGAAAAGCUAUUAUGGUGCUCUGUUGUGUUGUGCUUGGAGCAUGGAUGGGAAAUACAUAUUGACCGGAGGCGAGGAUGAUUUGGUUCAAGUUUGGAGCAUGGAUGAUCGAAGAGUUGUUGCAUGGGGUGAGGGACACAACUCAUGGGUGAGUGGAGUAUCAUUUGAUUCGUAUUGGACAGCACCGAGUUCAGAUGGCACAGGAGAAAGUACUGUUUAUCGAUUUGGUUCUGUUGGUCAGGACACACAAUUGCUACUAUGGGAUCUCGAGAUGGAUGAAAUUGUUGUGCCGGUGCGCCGGCCUUCUGGUGGAUCCCCUACAUUUAGUACAGGAAGUCAGUCGUCUCAUUGGGACAGUGCUUGUCCUGUUGGUAUGUUGCAACCUGCUCCAAGCAUGAGAGAUGUCCCCAAGUUAUCCCCACUGGUUGCUCAUCGUGUCCACACUGAACCUCUAUCAGGCUUGAUAUUCACGCAUGAAUCUGUCCUUACUGUGUGUAGGGAGGGUCAUAUAAAGAUCUGGAUGAGACCAGGCUUUACCGAAGGCCAGUCUAGCAACUCUGAAUCAUUAUUGAGUACCAGUGCGAAGGAGAAACAGUCGCUCUCUGGGAAGGCUGUGAAUUCAAGUUACAAGCAAUGA